AUGCCCCAGGUGCUGCCAGGAUCUGCCCCCACAGAGCUCAUCCACUCAGCCUGCUGGUGGCACCCAGUCACAGUGGGGCACCGCCGGAGAUUGGGUAAUGCAAAGCAAGUCUUCACUGCUACAAGCCCAAGUUGGUGUCGCUGCUGUUGUGGUAGUGUGCCAUUGAAGAUGAGUGAUAUGACCACAAGCCACACACAGAGGAGCCACAAAGCCUUCAGAGACGUGAAAGCGAGUGAAUCUCGUCAUUUGAACACAGUGGGCAUCCUCCCUCCCCUGGCCCUGCACGCUCAAAUUUAUGGCUGUUGGGUCCUACACUGUGCUUUGAUGUUUAAUUCAGCGAGCACAACAGGCAGAGCCCAUUUGGAGGAUUUAUGGAAGGCCUUCGGCUCGCUGGCUGAUUUAGACAUCCUCUUUCCUGUCUAUGGCCUAUCCAGGCCACUGCACGUUCCACAAGGCGUCUAG